GAAGGUCAUGAGUUUAAAUCCCAGGACUACCAAGUUGCCACCGCUGGACCCCUAACCCUCAACUGCUCUGUUGUAUAAAUGAGAUGUAUGUAAUCUGCCAAAUGCCAUAACAAAAUUAGUACUGGUGUUCAUUAGAGAUGCUGAGCGUGGGCAUAUAUCAGGGAAUUUUUUUUUUUUUUUGUCGAAUUAUAUGUAUUGUCCAAUUAACAAACAAAAAAAACCUAAGGCACUUUCACCCGAACAUGAAGGUUGUGUAUGUGUGCUUGUUUUUGUUUUGUUUGUUGUUUUGUAAAAGAAUGCAGUAUGUGUAGUUUGUUCCAUUUGUGGCCUAAUGCCAUCUGUGUUAACUCUUUAUAACCCGUCUCCCCCCGCAGGUCCAGUUAAAUGGUAUAGUCCAGUCUUGAGCGGCUACCUUGCACAAGUUCAGGGAGGGAGGCGACGCUAGUUAGCACGAAGCUAAGCUGAAUGUUAACGCGAAUCGGAUCACCUGAACGCCACAAACUCAGUAUUUUACCCGGAUUCAAAUCAACGGACUGCGAUACCUUAUGAUUAAGUUUUUGUUUUCGAAUUAAACAAGAUGUCUACCCCAGCACGACGGCGUUUAAUGAGGGAUUUUAAACGACUGCAGGAGGAUCCUCCAGCAGGAGUUAGUGGAGCCCCAUCAGAAAAUAACAUCAUGGUCUGGAACGCUGUCAUUUUUGGUCCAGAGGGGACACCUUUUGAAGAUGGAACUUUCAAACUCACAAUAGAAUUCACAGAAGAGUAUCCGAACAAACCACCCACAGUUCGAUUUGUAUCCAAAAUGUUUCACCCCAAUGUUUAUGCAGAUGGUAGUAUAUGUUUGGACAUUCUUCAGAACCGCUGGAGUCCAACAUAUGAUGUUUCUUCAAUUUUAACAUCUAUACAGUCUCUACUGGACGAGCCAAACCCAAACAGUCCUGCCAACAGCCAGGCGGCUCAGCUGUACCAGGAGAACAAGCGAGAGUAUGAGAAGCGCGUGUCUGCCAUUGUGGAACAGAGCUGGCGGGAUUGUUGACCCCAAACAGUACAGAGUGUAUGGACAAUACUCGGCCUCAGCUAUCGAGAGGAAAACCCAUCACGUAAAGAGUCAAAUAUAUCCACAUUAUGUUUUGAAUACUGUUCUUACUCUGUAGAGUUGUCUUAUGUAGCUGUUGCAAGGUUAGAGUGCUGUUGUGUCAUGGCCUACCCAUCUUCAUGCUGAAUCCUGCUCGUGGACAAUGAUGUUUUCUUCAUUUAACUGAACGUACCUUGCCAUCUCAAGGUUACAAGCCCGCCCUUCUUUGAUUUGUGUGUGAAAGCUUUGAUCUCUGUGCAGGAGUUUGUCAUGAACGUCUAUGCUGUCUAGUUUUGGUUUGAUCCUAACUGAUUACUAACUGGAUGCUCAGGUUGUGGGUUCCAGUGAAUCAAGCUUUAUUGAGGAUCCUUGCUUGCAUCUAUUGGUUUCUUUAUAUAUUUGUUACAAAAUACUUUUUUUUUUUUUUUUUUUUUAUUGACCUCAGUCCAGUUUUAUUGUCAAGGUGUUUGAGGAAGAAUGCCAAAGUACAGAAUAUCAUGUCAAUCUAAAUUUCUUUAUUUUAAAACUUACAGAUGCUAUCACACUUAUAAUCUGAAAACAGUUUAUAUAUAAAGUUGAUGUGCUACAAAAAAAAGGUUUUAUUUCUUUUUAAAAAUGUAUGGGAGUUGAUUUAAUUUGAAAUACAACUGUUUUCCCCAAAUUCAUGUAUAAAAAAGAAAAAAAAGUGUGCUAAUAUUUUUGAAUUUUUUAUAUAUAUAUAUAUAUAUAUAUGUAUGGCUGAUAAGAGCUAUGCCUUCAUUUUAGAAGCCUUUAUCCCAAGCCUAGAAUCUGAGCUAUGAAACACUGAUAAUGAUAUUUCCAGUCUAUUGAUUUUGACUUGUUCAAUCCCAAUUGCAUGACUAUUUGGCCAUUUCUUCAGUUCUUGCAGUCCCCUCUGGCUUAAUUAUUUCAUUGCCUGGGCAUGAUGCUGUUUGCGUUUAUGUGAUAUUCAUUUGAAUUCUUUAGGGUCAUCACUUUUCAAAUGCACAUCCAGAGUUUGAGUUGGAUUUGUACUUGUACUCAAUGUAAAACUGUACAUUUUCUCACUUCUUGUAAAUAAACAGUAAAUUAAUCUGUGAGUUUGUUAACCUGAGGGUGUGCAGAAUAACAAGAGCGAUUA